AGGUUAUUGUGGUUCGAAGGGAAUAAACAGUUAGCAUUAGUAGCAUUUUUAGCAUCGCUCGCGGUGUUAGCAGUGCGUUGGCGCUGUUCCGCCGCAGCCACAAACACACCUGCUGUUUUCUGCGUAACUUAAUCUUUCCAAAACAUCGAUGGUAACUAUAAACUCUGUAUAAACAGUGUAUAAACAGUGUAUAAACAGUGCUGCUUCACUCGGACUGCUCCAGUUCCAGCGCAGAACCGCGAGCAGGAAGCGCCUCGAUGGAGGGAGAUGAGUGUGAUAUCUCCUCAGAGCCGUCUGAAAUUUCUCGUUCAAACAGAGGAAGUGUUUCUUCAUCAGUCACUCGUGCUCAAGAUGUGUUGGUGUACCUGGUGAGUGAUGGGGCAGUACAGGUCUGUGUAGAGAGCGUGGGCUGUGUGUCUGUACAGGACCUCGGCCGCAGCGUGAGAGACGCCCUCAACAUUCCUGAUUCUGCUCAGGACAUCUUUGCCUUCUGGCUGUGCUCACCUCUUUUAGAGCUGCAGUUGAAGCCGAAACACCAGCCAUAUAAACUUUGCCGUCAGUGGCAGGACCUUCUGUACCGCUUCACUGAGGCACACACAGAGGACAUUGCACUAGAUGAGCCGUGUCUGCAGUACAAGAGGAACGUUUUUUACCCCAAAUCUAAAGAACUUCAGGUGGAAGAUGAGAAUGUGUUGCGGCUCCUGUAUGAUGAGGCAAAAGUAAACAUCAUUGAGGGCCGGUACCCAUGUGACCCUGAGCACUGGAGUCAAUUGGCUGCACUGUCCUGUGCUAUUGAGAUCGGUGCAGGACUCGAUGACCAGCAGCUGACCUCUGCUAUAAGAGACAGGAAGUUGUCAUCGCUGUUGCCAGCCCAUGUAGUGGGGGGUGUAGGGACGGGGCUUCUCUCCACCCUGAGGCUGAGGGCGGGGCGUCGUGCUGAACUGGAGCAGAGCUUACUGAAGGAGUACCACACGCUAAGCAUGCACACGGAAUCCCGCCCCCUCAUCCUUCAGUACCUCAGCAUCUGCCACACACUGCCUUAUUAUGGGUGUGCAUUCUUUGUGGGUGAGAUAGAUAAGCCGGCUCAGGGCCUGCUACAGCGUGGUGGGCGUAAGGCAGUGAGUGUAGGGAUCAGUCUGGAGGGCGUGUAUGUCAUCGACACUAAGGAGAAGCAUGUGCUCCUGGGUCUGCGGUUCUCAGAGCUGUCUUGGGAUCAUACCUACCCUGAUGCUGAGGGAGACUCGCACAUCCUGUGGCUGGAGUUUGAUGGAGAGGAAGAUGGAACACCUGUCAAUAAAUUACUGAAGAUUUACUCUAAACAGGCGGAGCUGAUGAGUGGUCUGAUUGAGUUCUGUGUGGAGUUGCGUUCUGUUGGUGAUGCGGCUGCGUCCCAAAUGGCUUCAGCUCAGGAGCAGAGUGCAGAGGGAGCGAGGGGGCGACGUGCGGGGAAAGUUCGCAGGCAGAACAGUGUAGUGUGCAGCAGAGUGCACACUUUGAGCACCAUCAGUUAUGUGGAUGACGGAAAAGAGAUAAAGCGUCUGAAACCGAAGAGAGCGGCGUCAUUCUUCACCAAACAAACUCCUCCCUCCUACUCUGCUGUUCAGGUGACUGACAACCUGGAGCAGAGCUGAAACAUUGCCUACUAUUGGAGACCAAAUACACACACACACACACAUAUAGACACACCAUGGUGAUGAACUGUAGAGACAGACAGACUGGACCAAGAUUCUGCAACAUGUGUGAGUAACAGGUUACAGCACAAUGUCUACGCUGAGACGUUUCUCCACUAUGCAAACACCACUAAACCAAAUGGAGGGAAAAAACUCACGAGACAGUCUCUUACCAAAGUGCCAGAGUGUCAGUGUGUUUUCACAUCAGUGCUUUAUCCACUCAUCACAAAGACAUGUCUUUAUUAUCCACUCAUCACAAAGACACGUCUUUAUUAUCCACUCAUCACAAAGACAUGUCUUUAUUAUCUAAUCAUCAAAAAGACACGUCUUUAUUAUCCACUCAUCACAAAGACAUGUCUUUAUUAUCCACUCAUCACAAAGACACGUCUUUAUUAUCCACAACACUGCUGUGUCACUGAGGUAAUAUUGUCUGAUAGGCUGCAUCCCAAACUGCAUGUUUAAUAAAGCCUCCUAGGAAAUGGGCUGUGUCCCAAACCUCUAUAGUUUAUAGCAUAGUGACAAAUAGUGGAAUCACUUUUUAAAGUAUAGUUUCAUCUUCGACUAAUUUGGUAGAAAAGGGGUGUGUAAAAGAAACACUAAACAGAAUAAUUACCUUUUUUUUUUUCUAAUACACACGCAAAUUGGUAAGUGUAUUUGUUGAGUAUGAUAAUCUUCUGGAAAAUGAGGAGUGUCCCAACUAAAUGUGCACCACCAGAAAUUUUGGGGUUGGUUUUUGUGUUUUGUUUUGUUUAUUUUGUUUCUUUGUUUGUUUUAUAGGGUAUAAUCUAGCAAGUCUUCGAUACCGUGUUAUGUUCCAAAACACACAUUUCUGCAUUUUGUAGUAAUUAGCGUGUGUGACGUCGAUGGCUGCUCUGACCGCCUGUACUGCAGCAGCAUGCAAUUUGGGACGUAACCCAAAGUAGACUUUUUACCUUUCAGUUCAUUCCAAAAAAUAAAAUAAUAUAAAGGUAAUUAAUUGUUUUUGUGUUUGUAAAAAUAAUUUCCUGUUCACAUAAUGAUCCUCAAGUCUUGGUGUAAUUAUUACAGAAUGUACACUUUAAUAACAAAUGUUUACAGCAGGCCUUGUUAAACCUCAGUAAGCCUCAUUAGGCCUUGUUAAGGCUAAUUCUUGUUAUCUGUUCCAUCAUCUAAGUGACCCGAGUGUGCUUUCUGACUGCAACAGUGUGGCCGCUCUGAGCCUGGCUACUGGUGUUGAUUUUAACACUCACACUGCGGACGGUGAAACGUUCACAACACUCAGCAUGACACUCGGAGACUUUUACACAGGAUGCUUCACUGCUGAAAGCCUGACUAUGCUAAUCAUGUUGGCAGGACUUUUAUAUGAAAUUGUAAAUAUCUGGUUCUAAUGUAAAAACUCGGGCUGUUGUGACCAAUAUAACCUGCUUUUAUAUAAACGCUCUGUGUGUAUGUGUGAAAUGAUGUUCCAGUUAAAGAAAUUAAACUGGAUGGAAUAUCCAUUAUUUAAACUCAUUUUUAUCUUCAGUGGAUAUUUGUGAAGGUAUUUUCCAUGUUUUUUUCCCCCUUUCAUUUUCUGUGACCUUGCACUACUAAUGCUAGUGACUAUAAUCUAACUACAUGCAGCAUUGUACUGUUACACUUUGUACUAAUUUCAUGACAUGUAUCAAUGGAUUUUAUAAUUUAAAAAAUGUGAAUAAACUUGCUUAUAUGGAAGGUUUUGAGCUUAUCAAUGAGAAAUGAAAAAUAAAGAAUAAGUGCAGCAAAA